AUGGCCUAUUGUGAACCUAUUGUUGUACUUUAUGGACAAAGUAAAAGUAUUUCAACAAUUAAUCUACGACUUCCAGUUUCCUUCGUACUAGCAACAGAUGAAAUAAUACUUGAAGAUCUUAUUAAUUCUGACGCUCAAUCAUCCGAUACAUGUCUACAGCGUUAUUUUAUAAUUCUUCUGGAAUCAAUCAACGAUAAUGUUCUUGAACAUUUACAAACUAAUCAUCGUGUUCAAGUAAUCUAUAGUCGAGAGAUAUUGACCUGUACAUCAGAUCGUUCAAAACUACAUCGGAUUAUCAAUAAACAAAUGCAACAAUUUACACUUGAUUUAACAGCAGAUAUCGUACAUUUUCUUACGAGUGAAGGCGAAAAACAAGCAAAAUUAGAGCGAUUAGAUUUAGUUAAAAUCUAUUAUCGUCAAGCACGAUUAUUAAAAGAAUGGGCUAUGUCAUUUAUUAAAGCUGAACCAUGCCAUAUUUUACUUAUUCCAUUGAAUUGUAAUCAAGAAAAUUUAAAUAGUGCUCAAGAAGAAUUACAAAACAUCUGUAAGAAUCUAGGUUAUACUUCUGUGAUUAUUCGAACACUUGAUGAUUAUAUUUCUGCAACUGACGAAGAAAAACCAUGUCUUCUUCCAUAUAGUCAAAUUCUAUUGAAUAAUGAAGAUCCAAAAUAUAUCGGUGAAUUAAUUAGAAAACUUUCACCAUUACGAUUAUAUUUGUAUGGUAAUAAUGAAUCUAUUUCAAGUCAAUGGAGUGAUUUAAUGAUAAGUUGUGAAACACAUGUUAUGGAAGAUGAAGAUAGUUGGUGUGCUUUUAUUGAAAAUGAACAGAUUGAUGAUGGAAUAAAAUGGAAUUUUGGUUUUUUAUUUGGAGGAAAAUGGCAAAUUAAACGAUUAUCUCCAAUUAAUUUAACUGAAUUGCAAAAAAAUCUUCGUUUUCAAUCUGCUCUUCGUCGAGCUUUUAAAACUUUUACUUAUCGUCAAUCUGAAAUAACAGCAAAAAUAUUUGAAUGGUAUGAUAAAUGUAUACACGAAGGUGUUCUUCAUGUACAGCCUCAACUGUCUCGGCAACAACAAGAGAAAAGUAAUGAAUAUAAAAAUUCAACAACAUCAGAUUUAUCCCAAUAUAUCGUUAAAAGACCAUCAGGUUUUAAUUAUCGUCAAAAGACAGAAUCUAAAGGAAUAUCAUUUAUUUGGUUAGAUGAAAUUGUAAAAUCAUCUAAUAAUAUUCUUGAUAAAAUAAUUGAACCAUUCCAAUGGUGUUUCUUUGAUAAUAUAUUUAAAUGUAUAUCACAUAUUGAAAAUCAAUUACGACAACAAAAUGAAAUAUUUCUUGUUACAUCAGGCACAUUAGGUUGCGAAUUAUUUAGUACAGCUUAUGUAUUAUUAACAGCUAUUCGAUUCGUUUAUAUUUAUUGUUCUCAAGUUAGUUUACAAGAAAAAUGGACAAAUUAUCGUUCUCAAAUACGAGGAGUUUUUAAUGAUCCAUCGAUGUUAGAAGAGAAAAUAAAACAAGACUUUCAACAUAUAUAUCAAUCAAGCCUGUUCAUGAAUACAACAAUAGAAUCUUACAUCACAUCAACAACUGAUAAUGAAACGUUAAUUUCUGCACCAAUAAUUGUUUAUAAUCAAGAACACGCUCAUACAUUUAUGGCUCAUCAACGUACAAUAGAUACACUUCUUUGUUUACCACAUACAACCGGAGCACGAGUUAUAAUGAUAACAGAAUUAUGUCGUAUAUUCAAUGAUAAUGAAACAAUUCUUGAACAGGUAAACAAGUUCGCAUUGACGUAUAAUUCUAAUAAUGCAAUUCAAUGGUAUACUCGAGAUUCAUUUUUAUUUCGUUUAAUUAAUAAAAUACUUCGAUCAAGUGAUGCUGAAAUGAUGUUUAAAUUACGAUACUUUCUAACAGAUUUAUAUGAACAACUUGAUAAUGUUUAUAAACAAACACAAAUAUAUAAUACAUCAACUAUAGAGAAACUUUAUCGUGGUCAAUUAAUAUCAAAAAUUGAAUUAGAAUAUUUAAAACAAAUACAAGGUCAUAUUAUAUCAAUAAAAACAUUUUUCUCCACGACUACAUCGUUACAAAUAGCUCUUACAUUUGCAAAUAGUUCGGUCAAUGAUAAUGAUUUCAUUCCAAUUGUAUUCUGUAUUGAAACAAAUCCAUAUAUUCAACAUAAACGACCUUAUGCAAAUAUUUCAAAAUUUUCAAUAUAUCAAGAUGAAGACGAAAUAUUAUUUUCUAUGGGUAGUUUAUUUCGUAUUCAAUCUAUUGAAGAAUUCGAUGGAAUGAAUAAUACUCCUAUUAUCUAUUUACAAAUGAUUGAUCAAAAAGAAAUUGAUUUAAUUCAUUUUUCUUAA